AUGGAUGCCCCUUCUGUUCCAGGUCUUGUCCCUCCUCCGUCCAGGGAUUGGAGUUAUGUGUUUCCACUUCGGACCUCUCGGGAACUCCUGGAGAAAGCGAGGGAGCUAUGCUGCAGUGGUGAUAUCUAUCAAUUUCGAGAACUGCUUGACUGGGGAGCUUCUUUCUCGGAGGACUUCAGCAUAGAUGACUUUGGGUGGGUCAUGACCAAGGCCAUCGAGCAAGACAAUGCGCCCGUCGUAAAAGAGCUUCUGCAUCGAAACUUCCCCCUGAGUCCAGUCUAUGCCUGGGACGCAGCCACACAUAAAUCCAAAAAAGCAUUGGCUGUGUUGAUUGAAAAAGGCUGGAAUAUAAAUCAGCCAAUGGGCGAAACUCAGCCUCCCACUCUAGGUCGUGUCAUACACGACGAAGAGAUGACUACUUGGUUUCUUGAUAACGGGGCUGACCCCAAUGCGCGAACUGUGAUGGACGUUACCCCACUCUCUUGGGCUGUAGAGGGUGCCCCCAUGUCCAUCGUUCGUCUUAUGGUCGAUCGUUGCAAAAGCUUCCAAAAUGGUCAGCUGCUUCAUUAUGCAGUGGGCCGGGAAUCCGAUACCAUUGAGGUCUUGGAAUUGCUCAUGGAAAAGGGCGCCCCUCUCAACGCUCCUAUGCACAUUGAUCAUGCUACUUUCUCGUUGCAGUGCUUUAUGCCUCUCGGGACCGCUCUGCACCGGGCCGUGGAACUCGACAAGGUGGAUGUGGUUCGGUAUUUGGUCAGCAAAGGAGCCGACCAGAGCGUCAAAGAUGCCAAAGAUGCCAAAGGGCUCACGCCUAUCGAGUUGGCGCGAAAGCUGAACAAGUUGGAAAUCAUCGCGCUGUUGGAGAAGGGCGAGUAG